GAACUAUGGAUGCAGUUGCACGCGUGCCCUCUAUGGCCAGUCACGCUGGCAGAGGUGUGGCGCCUUUUCACGCUUUCAACACAAGACGCUUCAAAACACGGGGCCAUCUUGGGGGAAGACAGCCCGCUGUGAAGUUCACCGAAUAGCCGCUACACGGUUUAUAACCAACACAUAACAUCUAAGAGUGCCUCUAGAUAUACCUAAGCGCAAUCUGCGUACAAAUCAACGGUUGUUUUUCAACUUCACAAGGUCCCUUUCUCUAUGACAGACCGACUCCAACCACGCUCUCGCUCCGCCAGAAUCAACUGACGUUUCACAUGUCCCGCCUCCACGCAGGGAGACAACCAAUGAGGGCUCCGCAAAAGUCCAGCGUAAUGACGUUUCCGCUUCUGCGCGCAUGCGCACUGUCAUUUUGUCCAAAGCUCCUCACUGUUCACAUCGAAGAUGGCGGCAGGCUUUGACCUGCUAUUUAAGGAUUUCUGUAUUAAAAGAGUGGGAAAGAAACUUUUUACCGAUACUUCAGGUUGUAUUAGAUUAGAAGUUUCCACAUCUUGUCACAAUAAGUUUGAGGUAAGCGCCCAGGCAGCCGGAAAACCACCCCGCUGACUCCCGGAAAAGAGGCAAUUCAACUAGCUAAUGUUGACAUUCUGCGAGCUCUUGUACAUAUGAACAUAAUGAAAGCUGCUGCUCUUCAAGUGUGCUAGAUGAUUAUCUCUCCCAAGAGCAUUGUUACUAGUGGACUUGAGGUGACCCGGGCGCUUGUCAAAUCUGUAUUGACAUUGUGACACGAGACUCCCCUUCACUCACGCUUGUUCCUUCGAAAAGCAACUGGAGGCAAAAGCGGAUGAACCAAACGUCCUGAACUGAUGUGCCAGAGGCACAGAUGGAAGACAGCUAAGGCGAUCCGGUGUUUCUUAAUGCUAUGGUAACUACUUUGAUCGGGACGUCCACAGUGCAAACUUUGAACGGAGGCAAUGCAAUGGAUCCGCACACUGAAAGCGGCACUCCAGUGUCCAGUGGCCCAUCAUCAUCAUCAUCAUCAUCAGACGACGCUUCAACUUCUGUUCCAGUUGUUAAUAACGGGCCCGGGGUGGCGAAAGGACUCGGAAACGUCACUGUCGCCCCAAGCCCAAACACAGUGAUACAGUCUUCAUACGGGAAUCCUCCAGCGGCAGCAUCCGCGGCAUUCAGUGCAGGACCCUCGGUGACAGUUGUCAGGCCAUCUAUGCAAACUGCUGGAACAGGUUUAACUAUUAACGGGAGUAAUAAUAAUAACACCGUUUCGGCGACUGUAGCCAAUGUAGCGACCCCGGGAAUAACAACUACUUCUACUACUACUUCUACUACUACAACGUCCCCUCUUUUGAUGAACCAGACUCCUGCUUCUGUCCCAGCGAGCAAGUCUGAGGCUACUAAAACGAUCAUCCAGCCCGCCGGCACCAUGACUCUCGGCCCUGUAGUGGCCAAGGGGGCUGUUUUGCAGGGGGUUUCGAGAACUGCAGCUCCGGCAACUGUUGCAGCAGCAGCGGGAUCGAGCCCUGCCAUCAGGGCCAUUGCGCCACAGGUGUUAGCGCCCCGACUCCCUCAGAGCACCCCGGGCCAGAACAUCCAGAACAUCCAGCUACCUCCAGGUAUGGUGUUGGUGCGUAGUGACAGUGGUCAGUUACUGAUGAUCCCACAGCAGAUGUUGGCACAAAUGCAGGCCCAGUCUCAGGCCGCCCGCCCUGCUGCCCCCACCAGCACCACCCCUGGGCAGAUCACCUCUGCACAGGCGCCUGGAACUCCUCUAAUGGCCCGACAGGUGACUCCUACCACCAUCAUAAAGCAGGGCUCUCCAACAGCCAGCAGCACGGCCACUACCACACUCCAGAGACCACCUGUACAGGCCUCCUCUGUGGGUGCAGUGUUGUCAGUGCAGGCAGGAACCGCCCAGAGGACUGUGACUGCUGCCACGGGGACCACUGUCUCCUCGGCAACGGAGACAAUGGAGAAUGUAAAGAAAUGUAGGAACUUCUUGUCCACGCUGAUAAAGCUGGCCACUAGCGGUAAGCAGUCAUCAGAGACUGUCGCCAACGUUAAAGAGCUGGUCAAAAACCUGCUGGAAGGGACGAUUGAAGCAGAGGAGUUCACCAGCAGGCUCUACAAAGAGCUCAACUCCUCUCCUCAGCCUUAUCUAGUGCCUUUCCUUAAGAGGAGUCUUCCAGCUCUGAGACAGCUCACUCCUGACUCCACGGCCUUCAUCCAGCAGAGCCAGGCCCUCCAGGCGCCCGCUGUGGUGCUAACCAGCACCAAUACUGCUGGUGCCACCGCCGCAGCCCCUCGCACGCUCAUCCAGCCUGCCCUCAGCAACUCCAGCCAGACUGCCUCUCUGGUAUUGCAGCCUCCACAGCAGGGGGCAAUAGUGAAGCCCCCUCAGGUUACCCUGACAACCACUCCCAUGGUGACGCUCAGGGGUCAACCCCACGGCCACAUAGUGGUGGGUCAGCCUCAGGUGCAGCUCAAACAGAUCCAGACAGUCGCUGUGAAGCAGGGUGUUGUGAGUAGCACUAAACUGGCUCCGGGCUCCAUGUCUAUAGCGUUAGCUCAGAAGAAUAAAACAAAGGAUGGUGCGGGAGGAACUUUCAGGGAUGAUGACGACAUUAAUGACGUGGCCUCAAUGGCAGGCGUUAAUCUGUCGGAGGAGAGCGCUCGUAUCCUGGCCACCAACUCGGAGCUGGUUGGCGCAGUCACGCGGUCUUGUAAGGAUGAAGCUUUCCUCUCCGCCAGCAUGCUACAGCACAAGAUACUAGAGAUUGGCCAAAGGUUUGGAGUGACAGAGCUGGGUCCAGAGGUUGUGAACAUCAUCUCUCACGCCACUCAACAGAGACUUCAAAACCUUCUAGAGAAGGUCUCAUUGAUCGCCCAGCAAAAGAACAUGACUUACAAGGAGGAUAGUCGGUACGAGCAGGUGGAGGAUGUUCGCUCUCAGCUGAAGUUCUUUGAGCAACUUGACCAGUUGGAGAAACACAAGAAAGAA